AUGUCGUCAGAUUACCCUCCCACCCUAGCCAACCUAAAUCUCCAUGAUUUCGAUCACAACCCAUCCAUCUAUGCAACCCUCAAAUCCAUUCGAAAAGCAACGCUAUCCAUCCCUAACCGCCUCCAAUCAAUCCUGUCAGACGCCAGUUUUGCCAAAAGCAUUUCCCAAGAAUACGAUUUGCCACUUGUGGCCAACGAACGUUGUGGGAGUUGGUACAUCAAGCCAUCUGACAAGAUCGGCAGUGCGUACUUUAAAAGUACAGAUGGCCAUCAUGGCCAGUGGAACUUUUCUCUUCGAAGACUCAACCUCCAACUUCUCCCUAUAUUGGGAAGUCACGGCGGCGCAGUAGUGGUCGAUUCUACACGCCGGGGAAAGAGUCUUCCAGAUUCUUUCAGUAAGACCGUGCCGAUCUGGGUUGCUGUGAUCAACCGCGUCUUAUUCCCCGGAUUAAAGUAUUACCAUGCCCUUCAACAUCCACCAGCACCAGAAAGUCUUGGUCUAUCAGAAAUAUCUCAAAUCGAAGCAAAGCUCGAUGAUUUUGCUCAGUCAUUUACGCAACUCGGCUUGGACCUCUCCAUGCUACGCACUCAACUCAAAUUCCCGAUUCACAUCAUCUGGGAGUUCAACGGUCGCUCCGGAUUUGGUAUCGAGAAUGAUGAAGACGACGAGGAUACCUGGGAAACAGAACUUUGCUCCACAUCUUCAGAGGAUAGACAUGUCAAUAAUCUUGUCUUAUGCUCGGCCUCCCGACGCGUUCGAGGUGCUGAAGCAUCAGAAGGUGGCUACAUCCAAGGUGCCGGUGAUGAUAGUGAAGGCUGGUCACACGGACUGACUGCUCAGACAUUUUGGAAUCAUCAGAGUCUAUUGAUGCAUACCCCAGAAGAGCAACUCGAAGCAUUGAUCGAGACUCUAUCCCAGCAAGACGAAGAUGAAACACGCGGUGAAGUGACUGCAGUACGGAUAUCACCAACCACUCAGCUCUUCAUUGGAGCCGGCUAUAUCGGCAAGGCCCACGAAUAUGACUUAGUAGUCAACUCUGAGAACAGUGAUCAAGACCAAGAUCAACCAACCGGCCCCAACGUUCUUAACCUGAAGUGCCGAUCGGGAAAACUGGGCAGCAAGGACCUCCGUGAAAAUCUACCAAUAGCGGCCACGGCAAUUUCGACUCAACUACGCAAAGAUAGCAGCAGUCGAAUAUUGGUGACCUGUGCAACUGGGAGGGAUUUGAGCGUUGGUGUCAUCGUGGCAGUGCUGUGCGUUGAAUACAAUGAUCGAGGGGAAUUGUCACAGGACAGCGUCUCGAGAUUAAUAGACAAAAGCCUGGUCAAACAACGGCUCGCCUGGAUCACCAGUUCAAAGCCCGACGCAAAUCCUUCGAGGGCUACUCUACAAGCGGUCAACUCAUUCUUGAUGCGACGACCUGACUAG